GCGCCGAGGUCGAGGCGGGCGUGCGGCAGCUGGCGGCGAUGCGUGAGCGGCUGCGAGACCUCGAGACCAACUUGGUGCACCAGCCGCUGCACCUGCCUCGCCUCGUGCGCCGCCGCUCCAACACAGUUGCGCUCGACGAGAAGCUGCGGCUGCUGCUCGCCGUGGUACAGACGCAGCCCACCAUCCACCAGCUGCUGGCGGCGGGCGACUUCCCCGGCGCUCUGGAGCUGAUCGCGUCGUCGCAGAGUCUGCUGGCGCCUCGGGGCCGUGCGGAGGGAGCUAGUCCCACCUGUCCGCGUGGAGUGGCGCUCGGGUACGACCCGUCGCAAGGUCCGCCAGCCAUGCCUGUCGAGGCACUCUCGUCGGAGCUCGACGUCCGGCUGGUGCCUCUCGCUGAGGGCAUGCUCGCCCUUCGCACCCUGCACACCCCCCUCCGCCUACUCUCCGACGCGCUGCGCAAGGAGCUCAAGCCGCUGCCGAAGCGGUCCCUGCAGGCGGCCCUCCCGCCGCUGUCGGCAGCGGUGCCGGGGGCGGCGGCAGCUGGCGCGGCGUCGCAGCAGGCGCUUGCCGCCGAUUCGGCAGCCUCGGCGGGCGCAACGGGCGAAGCGGCGGUGAACGGGGGCGGAGUCGGCGCCGCGUCUGCCACCGCCGCGGCGGGCGGCGAGGACGGCGGCGCUGAGGGCGGGGGCGGCGGCGGCGGAGGAGGAGGAGAAGGGGGAGGAGGAGGAGGAGGAGGGGGAGGUGCAGCACCGCCGGAGGAUCGCGGCAUCAAGGCGCUUGUGGCGAGGCUGAAG